UUACAUGCAGUUCAGUCUGUGUCACUGAAAGAAGUGUUUGCUUGUGUUCGUGCCUGGCCUACAUUUUCAUAUGUUGAUUGCAUUAUCUAAGUCAGGCUGCAUCGUCUACAGAUUCAAGCGAAUUCUCUGAACAGCUGGCAGGUGUGACGUAAGAGCACACGUGUUUUCAUUUCGUGUGGCUUGAAGAUUACGUAUAGAUUAAGUGUGCGUAGACUUAAAAGUGUAAGUGCGUGAGUUGUGCAGUGCAAAUAAACUACGGCAUUGCGAAUUUGAAGAACUCUGCAUUUUAUUGUGACUGCUUCGAACUUCUAGUGACCUCCAGUGAAUGCGGGUUGCUGGACGCUGUUCUGCUGUUGGAAAUCACCAUAAUGGCUGAUGUUGAGAAGUCUACUAAACCGAAAGCAGAGAAAAAGCCUAAGGAGAAAAAAGAGAAAGCUCCCAAAGAGAAGCCAACAGAGCAACCUCCACUGAAGAAACGUCCAAAGAAACGUCAUGGACGCUUGUACGCUAAAGCAGUAUUUACCGGUUACAAAAGAGGCUUGAGAAACCAGCAUGAAAACACAGCCUUACUGAAGGUAGAAGGUUGCAUUAAGAAACAUGACAGCUGGUUUUAUGUUGGAAAGCGUUGCGUCUAUGUAUACAAGGCCAAGAAUAGGACACCAAUUCCAGGUAAUGUAAGGAGGAAGACAAAGAUUCGUGCUAUCUGGGGUAAAGUUACUCGACCUCAUGGAACAUCUGGCGCAGUCCGUGCCAAGUUCAAGACAAAUCUCCCUGCGAAAGCAAUGGGACAGCGCAUCAGAAUUAUGUUGUACCCAUCCCGGAUUUAAUUUUUCCAGUUGUAUUUGAGAAAAUUUAUGCCUGGGACUUUGUACAAAAUAAAAAAUAAAUUGUCAAAUUAG